GUAAGUAGGGAAGGGGCUUGCUCAGUUCCUCACUCCCCCUCCUCCUUCUUUUUCCUACUCCCUACAGUCCUAGAGUGCAGUUUGGCAGCUCACAUACAGACACAAGGAUGCUUCUCCUGCUUUCUCUUGCUCCCCUUCUCCUGUCAGCUACAGAAUCCUUGAUGAUCCCUUCUAAUCUGGACAGUGGUAUAUGUCCCCUGGGGCAAUUCCCCUGCGGCAAUCUGUCUGUCUGUUUGCCUCAGCUUUUCCACUGUAAUGGGCGUAAGGACUGUGCCAAUGGUGCUGAUGAAGAAAACUGUGUGGAUAACAUUGGUUGGCCCAAGCUGUUGGAAACAAUUCAGAGUGCCCGAGGCAACAGAGCGAUGCAGGAUGAAGAGACACGUGAAUGUAUGCUGGAUUUUUACCCUGAGCCGUGUGAGUGCUGGAAGCGCAUGGUAAAUUGCUCAAGCCUAGGCCUGCACUCCGUCCCUCCUGUGACUCCAAAUGUGACAGAACUGGAUCUAAAGGACAACAAAAUCAAAACCCUGCAUGAUGGGAUCUUCAGCCUUUACCAGAACUUGGAAAAGCUGUUUCUUCAGAACAAUGAACUCCAUGACAUCUCUCGCCUGGCUUUCUCAGGCCUUUUCAAGCUCAAGAUGCUGUUCCUUAGCCAGAAUCGGAUUAGGUCCCUGAAGGCUGGGAUAUUUAAGGACCUUAGAUCCCUUGAAUGGCUCAUGUUAGAUAACAACCAAGUGUCCAAGAUUGUUCCUGGGACCUUCUCCGGCCUGGAAUCCCUGUACUUCCUGUACAUGCCAAACAAUUCUAUCAGAGAAAUCCCAAAGAACUCCAUCUGCGAGGAGAUGCCUCAUCUCAACUGGCUGGAUCUGGAGGGAAAUCAGAUGCAGACAAUCCACAGCUCAGUGUUUCAGGAAUGCAUCACAGUGCUGAGCCUAAGCAGGAACAAAAUACGGAAAAUCAGAAAGGGUGCGCUAUCCCAAAUGAACAAGUUGGUGGACCUAGACCUGUCACUAAACCAGAUUGUGGAGCUGCCUCCGGCCUUGUUCACUAACCUGCAGGACCUCCAGCUGUUAAACAUCUCCUUCAACCCUUUGCAACACAUCCAGCAAAAUCAGUUUGACCUACUCUCUAACCUACAAUCCUUAAUCAUGGAAGAUAUAGAGAUUCCCAACAUUCAUAACCGCAUGUUCUCCAGCCUUGUCAAUCUGUCUCACAUCUAUUUUAAAAAGUUCCAGUACUGCAGUUAUGCUCCUCACGUGCGCAGCUGUAAUCCCAAAAGUGAUGGCAUCUCUUCCUUUGAGAACCUUCUGGCCAACAUCUUGCUCCGUGUCUUUGUGUGGGUGAUGGCCUGUGUCACCUGUUUUGGGAACCUCUUUGUCAUCUGCAUGCGUUCUUUCAUUGUCACCGAGAACUGCCAGCAUACGAUGUCCAUCAAAUCUCUGUGCUGUGCAGACUUUCUUAUGGGAUUCUACCUCUUCUGCCUGGGAGCCUUUGAUAUAAAGUUCCAGGGGGAGUACAAUAAACAUGCCCAGACCUGGAUGGAGAGCUGGGAGUGUAAGCUGGUGGGCUCCUUGGCGAUGCUCUCCUCGGAGGUUUCUGUCAUGCUGCUCACUUACAUGACUCUGGAGAAAUACCUAUGCAUCGUUUUUCCCUUCAGCCACUUUCGGGCAGGGCGUGGGCAGACCUUAUGCACUUUGACCGCCAUCUGGGGGCUGGGAUUCUUCAUCACGGUCAUCCCCUUCUUCAGCUAUGAUACCUUUGGGAACUUCUACGGGCGGAAUGGGGUGUGCUUCCCGCUGCAGUCAGAUAGCAUGGAGAAAUACGGAGCCCGGGGCUAUUCUGUCAGCAUAUUCCUUGGACUGAACUUGCUGGCUUUCGUCACCAUCGUCUUCUCCUACAGCAGCAUGUUCUACUCCAUCCAUAAGACCGGUGCCAAAACAGCAGAACGCAGCGUCCUCUCACGAGAGGUCACCAUUGCCAAGAGGUUCUUCUUCAUAGUCUUCACAGAUGCCCUCUGCUGGAUCCCCAUCUUCUUACUAAAAGCAGUGUCGCUCACGGAAGCAGAGAUUCCAGGCACCAUCACUUCAUGGGUUGUGAUCUUCAUCCUGCCAAUUAACAGCGCCCUGAACCCCAUAUUAUACACGCUCACCACCUCCUCUUUCCAAGAGAAGCUAAAACAGUGUCUACAUAACAAGAGACAGAGUCAAGAGUCGGGCAAGAGCUUUACUCUGGUAUCAAUACACACGAACACGGCCUGACAUGGCUGGAGUACUUGUACAGGAACUUGCACACCCUCUGGCAGGAGUACUAAAAUGGUACCAUUUCUCACGCAUAGUGACUGUGCCUUCAAUAAAGCCAUGGCUGUCCAACCAGGAGUCGCAAGACGAUAGGACAGUACCACAUAAGCAAAGUUCUGUCCCAAAACCAUGGAUGCUGCUUAUAUUAGGGCAACAGAAUUAUCACACACAAACCUUCAGGCAACUCCUGAAAGUCAAGAUGCCGACAGUAAAUGUUAAAGGACCCAUUUGAAAAAUUAAUCUUAAACAAUGGCCACCCAGGUCUUCCAUAUGAAUAGCAAGGAGACAGGCCUCUCAGGAAGAAAAUGAAUAUAGGAGGAACUGACAGGUGGCUUUAAGUGUUGGCCUCAGCUCAGGCUUUUCACAAGGGAAGGAAUCUGGGAGUCACUACAUGCCAGCACAAUUGCUGUUGGACAUGAUGGCAGGAGAAUAUCGGGGCAAUUUCUACCAUAGACCUGUUUCUGUAUAUAGAUAUAUAUAUUUAUAAAUUCUUUGUGAUAAGGUAAUAUGUAGAAAAUGACAAUACCUCACGCAAGGCAUGGAAUGUGCUGCCCGCUCAGAGCACCAGGGUGUUAGAAAUGCCCGCUCUGAAUACACUGCCAUGGAAAACAAACUACCAAGGAUCUACUGUGAAAGCCAAUACAUCUGUAUCAUCUUCUUUUCAGCAAAUAAAGUGUAACCCAUACAA